GUCCCGUGAAAAUAGGAGAGGUAUAAUAAGGACUGGUGUAACAAAGCCAAAGCAGAAAGCUUUAGUGUAGAAGACAAGAACAUCCAAUCCUCAAAUCUCAAACAUUAUGCUUCAUUCUUCAAGUACAGAAAACCAAUAGAUGAAUAGCUUUCACGCCACAGUCGCUUGACUAGAUUUCUUGCUUUGUCUUUACACUUUCUAAAGCAAUUUCUCUUGCAGAAAAUGGGGUUUAUCUACUUCAUGUUCCUUGCACUCCAUGUUCAAUUCUGUUGCUCAAGACCUCAGAAUCAGUUGGACCAUGCAAGCAUGGGAAAUAGCAUAAAUGCAAUUUCUCCUUCUGUGGCAUAUCUGUCCAAGAAAGACAACCAGCCACCUCCUAUUGAAACCAUGUUCAAGCUUCCUUCCCCAUUACCCGCCUGGCCUCAAGGUGCGGGAUUUGCUAAUGGAACAAUUGAUUUGGGAGGAUUACAGGUAUGUCAAGUAUCAACUUUUAAUAAAGUUUGGGCUACUCAUGAAGGUGGACCAGAUAAUCUUGGUGCAACCUUUUUUGAACCAUCUUCAAUCCCAGAUGGAUUCUUUACACUUGGUUACUAUAGCCAACCAAACAAUAGUCCCCUGUUUGGAUGGGUUCUUGCUGCAAAAGAUGCCUCGUCAGGUCAAGGAAUUCUGAGCAAGCCCACUGAUUAUACACUUCUUUGGAGUAGUGAAUCUUUGAAUAUCAAGCAAGAUGGCGUGGGCUAUAUAUGGCUGCCAACACCUCCUGAUGGCUACAAGGCCAUUGGUCAUGUAGUCACAAGCUCCCCUGAUAAGCCUUCAGUGGAAAAAGUUCGAUGCGUCCGCUCUGAUUACACUGAUGCUACUGAUCUAGAUUCUUGGAUUUGGGGUAGUUCUAAUGGCAUUAACAUAUAUGGUUCAAGGCCAAAAGUUAGAGGGAUUCAAGUUUUAGGGGUUUCCACAGGUACAUUUAUAUUAGCACAAAACAGUGGGGCUGCAACAUCACUGGCUUGUUUGAAGAAUCUGCAAGGCAACUUUCAUGCUAUGCCUACUCUGAAUCAGAUUCGAGCAUUACUUGCUGAAUAUUCUCCAGUGAUUUACUUUCACCCUGAUGAAGAGUUCUUUCCUUCUUCAGUAAAUUGGUUUUUCCAAAAUGGUGCAUUACUGUACACAAGAGGGCAGGAAUCCAAUCCUGUUGCUAUUACCCCAACAGGGUCAAAUUUGCCCCAAGGUGGUACAAAUGAUGGUGCAUAUUGGAUAGAUUUACCUCGUGAUAAUGCUGCUAAAGAUAGGGUCAAGCAAGGAAAGCUACAAGAUGCAAGUGUAUAUAUACAUGUUAAACCUAUGUUAGGUGCAACUUUUACUGACUUGGCUGUAUGGGUUUUUUACCCUUUUAACGGUGCAGCUAGAGCAAAAGUUGAGUUUGUUACAAUUAAGCUAGGAAAAAUUGGGGAACAUGUUGGAGACUGGGAGCAUGUGACACUGAGGAUUAGUAACUUCAAUGGAGAAUUAAAAAGUGUUUAUUUUUCAGAACAUAGUGGAGGGACAUGGGUCAGUGCUUCAGGGCUUGAGUUCCAAAAUGGUAACAAACCAGUGGUAUAUUCCUCAUUGCAUGGCCAUGCUGCUUAUCCAAAGACAGGAGAUUUUUUGCAAGGGUCUAACUCAAAUGUUGGAAUAAGAAAUGAUACUGGCAAAGGGCAGUUUUUUAUGGAUGCUGGGGCAAAUUUCUCAGUGGUUUCUGCUGAUUAUUUAGGGUCAACAAUUGUUGAACCACCAUGGUUGAAUUAUACCAGAGAAUGGGGUCCAAAAAUCAGCUAUAAUAUCAAUGAUGAGAUCAAGAAGGUUGAGAAAUUUUUGCCUGGGAAAUUAAAAAGAGCUUUAGACAAAGCAGUAAGUGACCUUCCUAGUGAAGUGUUGGGUGAGGAAGGCCCCACUGGUCCCAUAUCCAAGGAUAAUUGGAGUGGAGAUGAAAGGACUUAGAUUAUUGAGUUUGUACAAACGCUUUGAUCUUUGUGUUAGGACAUGAAAGUAAAUGGGAACGCAUUCAUUCUUAUCUUCUUGGUUCCUGUUCUUUUACUA